UAGCCAAUUUCCCCACACGCGCACUCCUCGCGCAGGCAAAGCGCCGCCGCCGCUCAGCACCGAGAGGAGCAGCCGCCGGCGACGAGCCUCAGCGGAAGCCAGCGGCCCUACCGGCGAGGCGGAUAGUUCUUCCUUCUCCACCGACGGGACAGCGCGUGGAUCCCGCGACCUCUGGGCUCCGGCGAGGCGGUGACGGCGAGUGGUGACUCUGAUAGCAUGGCCGCCGUCGAACCCUCCGCUGCCACCACCGGCGACGCCCCCAUCAGCUAUUCCCCUGCAGCCCCGUACUCUGCCCGCCUCCGCGAAGCACUGACCGCCCUCUCCGAGGCUUGCGACUCCGGCAACUCCAAUGCUGCCGAAACCGCCUCCUUCACCAUCUCCGACAUUCUUGACACCGCAGCCAUCGUAAGUGCCGAGGUCGAUGACGGGAGCGAAGACGCGUCAAGGCCAGGGGCCUCCGAAGAGCUGCUCCGCGAGGUGCUCGAGUUUCUCUCGCGCCCGUCAUCGAUCUCGAACCAGAUGGCCCUUGAUGCGCUCUCCCUUGUGCUUCCCAAACCCGUGGCUAAGCUAGGGGCUCAGAUGGGGAGAUGCCGGGAUGUUGCCGCGGCUAUCCUCAAGUUCUUCGUGUCGAAUUGCAGUCCGAGGGACAUGCUCUCCAUCCUCUGUGAGGCAUUAGAUGCACCAAUGGAGCUACCAAAUGGCUUAUCCAGUUUUGUUCUUCUACUUGAUGCACUUGCUAAAGUGCUUACUUUAAUUCAGAGGCGAUAUAUCGAGCAAGUAAAGGUGGCACUACCUGUUGUCCUUAAAGUUAUGCAUACUGCUGUAUCAGAAUGUGUUGAGGAACAUGGAAGUGCUGCUGUUGAUCUCUUCAAUGCAGCACAUAACAUUGGCAAUGCCAUUCAAGAAAUGUGCAAAUCAAUGCUCGACAAAAACAAAGAUCUCUGUGCAAUUCUUGGUUUAUACUCCCUUCAGAAUAUAGCUCUUGUAUCACAAAGCAGACAGCAGGAUAUUCUCUCUGCUUGUGGUUCAGUUAUUUUUCAGAGUUUCAAUUUUCUUAUAUCUAGUGGAUUCACCUAUCUUGGUCUGCUAACGGGCAGUGAUGUCACAGCGGCAAUUGAUAAACUUUCCAAAAGUGAUGCAGAGGAAGAUGCUGAUUUUGUGGAGUAUUUUUCCUUUGCUAUGGAUGGUGCAGCACUUUCAGUUGUGUGGACACAUAUGUAUGAUGAUAAUGAUAUGUCAAAGUAUGCUGGAGAACAGUUGGAAUUAGCACUGAAGGAAGUUCAAGGCAACCAUAUGAAGAAAUGGGAAGCAAUUACCAUGCUUAAACAUGUCCUAUCCUCAAUUCAUUACCCAUGGAUAAUCAAAUCCCAUGGUUUAAACUUAAUGCUGAUUCUAGCUGGUGAAAAUCAUGUUGAAGAGAUCAAUAAUCAUGUAGAUUUCACAUGCUAUGCUCCUCGUAUUUUUGCAACACUCAAGGCCAUUGAAAGUGUUAUGAUGGCUGCCCCUGCGGCAUUGGUGCGGAAAAAAGCUUUUGUUGCUUUGAAAAAGGUUAUUUCAAUGGUGCCAUCAUCUCAGAGAUUUGACAUCUUACAAGCUCUUGUAAACAAUAGUACAUCUCCAUCCUUGACUGCAAUUCUCCUUGAUCUAGUGAGGGAGGAAGUUUCGAGAGAGAGUCGCCGAGCUGACAAUGAUUGUGUUGAAGAUGAUGGAUUUCGAGGUAGCGGGUUGCCGCGCUGGGCAUCUCAUGCACUUGAGUUAGUGGAGCUGAUUUUGAGGCCUCCAGAAGGUGGUCCUCCUUGCCUUCCUGAUCACAGUGAACAGGUAAUAUCAGCUCUAAACUUGCUAAGAUUUAUUCUGAUAAUAGAUUCAAGAGGAGAAAGAUCUGGAAAAUUGUUUCAGAAAGAGACAUUGCACAAGGUGCACUUGGAGUGGCUGACCCCAUUAAGACCAAUCGCGGCGGAAAUUCAGUUGGAAAAUGAAAAGGAUGCUGGUGAGGUUACAAAUGAGAUAGUGUGCACGUUAAAUCUUGUUCAAUUGGUGUUAUACCGCUGCAUUGAGUUGGUGGAGGAAAAAUUGAAGGGCUGCUGAAGUUUUUGGUACCUAGUCAUUUCCAUACAGUGCCGAGUGCUGUAUCUAGAUGGAAUGUUCUCGUGGAUACUAAUUCCUCAGCUUAUGGUAUACUGACGUCCUUUACAGCGACUUGGCCAGGAAGUCUGGUUUUACUUAAAGUGUGUCUAGUGUGUUCACACGAAUUUAUGUGUUACUAUCAUAGAUAGACUAAGCAAAUAGAAUGUGGUUAACCCGUGACCAGUUGCGCCGGUUGCCUACAACGUGCGACACCCCUGAUUGCACAUAAUGAAUUAACGUGCGUCUAUGACCGUGUGUGAUGAGUGCCUCUUGUGUACUGUA